AUGGCCGACAGACUGGUGAUUCCGAACAGUUUGCGUCAACGAAUACUCAAGCAACUUCACCGAGGGCACCCUGGCAUCGAAAGGAUGAAAGCUGUGUCCCGAAGCUACGUGUUCUGGCCCAAAAUCGAUGAAUGCAUCACGGAGUACAUCAAACGUUGCAGCAGCUGUGCCAUACAUCCCAAAUCCCCAUCGAAGGUAUCACCUCAGCCGUGGCCAGCAACCAAACAUUCCUGGGAACGAAUUCAUCUCGAUUUCGCUGGUCCAUUCUUCAACCAACAUUUCCUGAUUGUCAUCGAUGCCCACUCAAAAUGGCCCGAAAUCAAAGCGGUCCGUUCUCCCACAACGUUGGCGGUCAUCGAGUCCCUGAACGAGCUGUUCUCAAGGUGUGGCGUUCCAGAAACAAUCGUAACUGACAACGGAACGCAAUUCACAUCCGAAAAGUUCGCUGCUCUCUGCAAUUUCAAUGGUAUCCAACACCUGCGAACUGCACCAUACCAUCCUCAAUCAAACGGGCAAGCAGAAAGGUUUGUCGACACGAUGAAGCGCUCCAAGCUCAAAAUCAAGGAAGGCAAGGGUGGAGACAUUGCAAAAAUUCUUCAAACUUUUCUGCAAACCUAUCGCUCCACUCCCAGUCGGAUUCUCAAAGGGAAAUCUCCGGCAGAACUGAUGAUCGGAAGGAAAAUGCGUACUACACUGGAUUUACUACUCAAGCCGCAGUCAAACCUCAGUGAAGGUACGUUUCCCUCCCGACGUUUCACGGUUAAUGACGAGGUUUACGCCAAAAUUCACGAAGCCAACAGCUGGAAAUGGGGGUUUCUGGACAUGUGA